GCAAAGACCGGCCUCCUGCAGGAGUUGGACCUGAUGAAGAAAGUGGGUUCACAUCCACACGUGGUCAAUCUAUUGGGAUACUGUGUAGAGAAAGAUCCCAUCUACGUCAUCGUUGAAUAUCUCAGUAAAGGUGACCUUAAGAAUGUUCUGAUUGGAUGUAGAUCCGAAGAUUCUGGAGCAGGUUACUUCAACAUACGUGGUAAACGUAAAUCACUCUCUAAGACAUUGAUCAAGUUUGCCAGAGAUGUGGCAAGUGGAAUGGCCUUCUUGUCGUCACAAAAGUGUAUCCAUCGUGAUCUGGCUGCCCGUAACGUUCUGGUAAGUGAAGACAUGGUCUGUAUAAAGGUGGCUGACUUUGGACUGGCCCGUGACGUCAUGAAUGUCCGCAUCUACCAGCGGGAAUCAGAGGGAGUUCUGCCCAUGCGCUGGAUGGCACUGGAAUCCCUUCUUGAUGACGUGUACACAACAGAGAGUGACGUAUGGUCUUUUGGGAUUCUCCUUUGGGAGAUCGUUACUCUUGGUGCGAAGCCAUAUCGACUCAUGACUGCAAAGACAAUGGUUGCCCAACUCAAGGAGGGCUACCGUAUGCCUAAACCAAGUCACUGCAAGAAAGAGCUAUACUCCAUGAUGAGCAGCUGUUGGCUUCAAAAUCCAAACAAGAGACCAACUUUCCGUAGUCUCUUCAAACAGUUGGAGAAGAGUCUGGCAAAUGAAGCGGAUUACAUCGAUCUGGGUGAUCUGGACGAAAAUAUAUACGAGGUGACAAAGAUAAGGGAUGAGGACGAGAAACUGUGAGACUUUGCUGCCAACUCUCACCAGAAAAAAACAACACGAUGUGAUGUUGGCCCAUCCAAAAGAGUCUUUUGACGCUCUGCUGGUUCAAUGCAAUUAUAACAUUCCUGUCAAAAAACUAGAUGCAUGGUUUUUAUAGAGUAGAAAUUAGUUAUAAUACUUAUCCGGGUCAGAAUCCCGAUUCGUGUCCCUUCGGGCUUGACCCAGAAUGGGUCAUUGACCCGGGAUCUGUGUCAAAAUUAUCCAGAAACAGAACAAAAUGACGCAUAAUCUUCGUUAGAAACACAUGUUUAACCACUUUUCGAACUCAGCAAGUGGGUCAGGGGCCGAUUUCACAAAGCAAUAAAAUUCAUCGCAACACAAAUUUUCAGUAUCACCAUAGUGAUUUGAAU